AUGAAUAUGAUGCUGGCACGAGUACGGGGACGAGAAACUCGAAUUGGGGGCAGCCUAGCGAGCCGCCAAGUAGGAACACGACGAGAAGACCGAAAAAGAUAUAAGAAGCAAGACAAGCGGCCAACAAGGGCCACCACAAAAAAAGAUCGUGAGUUUACCCUCGUGCCUUUUGUUGGGAAAACCAAGAACAAAACGGGCAAGAGCAAACAAUCACAACAGCCUCGUGAGAAGAAGCAAAAACGGAAGGAGAGGGGGAUGGAUUCGGCGACUGGAAAGGGAAAAGGGGCCCCAGCAGCGACGAACAGGGAAGUCACGGCACAUUCGGCGACGAAAGUGGGCAGGAACGCCUCUACAACGAACUUGCAAAGGACACUGGAGCCACUGAGCACUGAACACUGGACACCACACAGGACGAAAGGACAGUUCCUACAACAGAAGAGGCGGGGACCGAAAGAAUAA